AUGCACUCCCUCUCAACCCGUACACCCUCAAUACCAUCCCUCUACGUAAAAUCACUCGGCAAGGACGCCAACGCUGGGGCCAUCCGAACCGUCUUCUCUAAAGCUCGCGAAUGCAGCCCCUGCCUGUUGAUCUUUGAGGAUGUCGAAUCAUUAGUCAACCAAAACACGCGUUCAGUGUUCCUGAACGAGGUGGAUGGGUUGCAGGGCAACGACGGCAUUAUGAUGAUCGGAAGCACUAACUACCUUGAUAAUCUCGAUCCAGGCAUAGCCAAACGGCCCAGCAGAUUCGAUCGGAAGUAUUACUUCGCGCUACCUGGCAAGACGGAGCGGAAGGCUUAUAACGCUUUCUGGGUUCGCAAGCUGCAGAAAGCCGUAACAGCACGCGAUGACGAGACGGUCGCUAUCCCAGAGGACCUAGAAGACAGAAUCGCCAGCGUGACGGAAGGAUUCAGCUUCGCGUACCUGCAGGAGAUGUGGGUGAGUGCGCUCAUGUCUCUGGUUGGAACGGGAAAAGAUCGGGUGCCUGAGCUUGAUGAGGAGCCGAUGCAGACGCCUGUGUUUGGUAAGAUACCGUGGGCGAGUCUGUGGUCUCAGGCGGAAAGAGAGGACGGUAAGGAGGGUGAGACCGGGGAUCUGUUAUGGAGGACGAUUGAGGCGCAGGUGGUCAUGCUAAAGAGGGAGAUGCAGGAUAGUAAGAUGAGCGUUGAGGAUGCGGAGAGAAAUACUAGUAGGAGCAACGCGAGGACCGGGGAUGCGAGAAGGGGUGCGGGGUUUGGAUUGAGAUGA